GUCGGUUCGCGUUUCAACUGAUGAGGAUCAUUCGGUUCUUCCUUAAACCAAUUGAAUUAAAAAUUAAUCUCAAUUUCUAUUAUUUUCUCAUGCGAGAUAAAAGUUAAAAGUGAAAAGGUGUUAUAAACAUUUUAAAUAAUAGAUAUUAAUGAAUAAUUUCAAAUUUUAAAUUAUAAUUUAUAACAAAAAUUAAAUUCUAUAUUGUAAAUUUGUAUUAUUUAUGAAUUAAUUUGAUUUUAGUGAUAUAUCAUCUGAAAAUUAUUUUUAGUCUACAAAAAGAGAUUGGUUUCGAUUAUUAUUGUUAUAAAUUAUUAUAUUAGUGAAAAUUGGAAUAUUGUGCUGUGUGCCAAUUCAGAGUGAAAAAUUACUCAAUUUGUAUAAAUUUUUGGUGGAAUAAUGAAGCCGAAAAAGAAUGAAAGCUUAAUAAUGAGUGAAAAAAAUGGGGUCAUGAGCGAUCCCGGCCCCGAGACACAUCUUAAACAACAAAAGCAAAUAAAAAAGGGAAAGACCUUCUGUCAGUCUUGCAAGAAGAAAUGCAGCGGAGAAGUAUUACGUGUACAAGAUAAAUACUUUCACAUCGCGUGCUUUAAAUGUGCGCAAUGCAAUUCGAGUCUCGCGCAGGGUGGAUUUUUUGCAAGAGAAGGUUCCUAUUAUUGCACGAAGGAUUAUCGCGAGAAAUGGGGUACGAAGUGCGCUGGUUGUGGGGAAUACGUUGAAGGCGAUGUAGUUACUGCCGGAGAAAAACACUCGUUUCAUCCAAAUUGUUUUCACUGUCAGAGAUGUAGAAAACCUCUUUUAGGACAAGGAACUAAAGUUACUUUAGUUCAAGGGCAAGCUUUGUGUCAUCGAUGCGUCAGUAUUCCGAUACGUGAAGCAUCAACUCCAGUAGGUAAUUCGCAGGCUACAGGUAAUGGAUCUAAUGAUCCUGGAGCAUGCGCUGGUUGCAGGCAACAAUUACGAGAAGGUCAGGCCUUGGUUGCGCUUGACCGACAAUGGCACGUCUGGUGCUUCAAAUGUCAUAGCUGCGAUACCGUUCUUCACGGGGAGUACAUGGGAAAAGAUGGGGUGCCUUAUUGUGAGAAAGACUAUCAAAAGCAAUUUGGCGUUAAAUGUGCCUACUGCAAUCGAUACAUUAGUGGAAAGGUACUUCAGGCUGGUGAAAAUCAUCAUUUUCAUCCAACAUGCGCGAGAUGCACAAAAUGUGGUGAUCCUUUCGGCGAUGGUGAAGAAAUGUACUUGCAAGGUGCUGCAAUUUGGCAUCCACGAUGUGGUCCCGGUCCCACCGGUUCCAAUGGAAUUGUCAAUGGUCAUGGUGAACCUCACACACCACAACAUAGAGAAUCCGAACGUAUUUCCAGCAGUGCUUCGGAAAUGCAGUUUUCAUUGAGGUCACGCACGCCAAGCCUGAAUGGAUCUCUGUGCAGCCCUUACAGCAGCCUCAGUCGCAAGUACUAUCCAGCGAGAACCGGAAGUCCUGGCUUGAUACUGCGAGAAUAUGGACGCGGUGGUCCUGAAGACGUUUCUAGGAUUUAUACGUACUCGUACUUGACUGAAACUCCUAGUCAAGGAUAUUUGAGACGUCCAAUACAACCCUAUGAUAAACCUCCCACGAGUCCUCAUUUUCACCGACCAAGCUCUUCGCGUUCGAUAAGAAGUAGCGGUGGACGAAGCAGUCGAUCUGGAAUGAGAGCAUUAGUUGAUGCACUUAGCGAUACGAGACCAAAAUCACCCGUGAGUCAAGUAGAUAACGAAGAACCUAUAGAAUUGGCGCAUUAUCCUGAUGCUAUGAAACCAUCGCCUGGCUCUCAGCCACCAAUUGAAAGAGAUGAUUUCCCAGCACCACCAUAUCCUUACACUGAUCCUGAGAGACGAAAACGAUGGUCUGACACAUAUAAGGGUGUACCUGAAUCUGACGAUGAAGAUGAAAUAGAUCAUAAAAGUUACAUCAAGGAAGUGGAGCAAAAAUUAAAAAAAGAGCAUGAUGAGUUGAGUAAAAUUGACACGGGAAUUGCAAAAGUCUUUUUACAAGAUCGAGAGAAAGAUCGGGAGAAUCUUAGAUAUAAAGCAGCUAAUGUUGAUCCUAGAAAUGCCUCGAGAACACCAUCAGCUGCUCGUGAACCGACCUAUCGAUUACGAUACGAAAGUCCUGUUGGUGCUUCACCAUCGAGAAAUAUAGAUCACGCUAGACCCUGGGAAGAUGAAGACGGUCUUAGUUAUAAAUCAAGUGGGCCAAGUUACAAUGCUGGGAGAUCAUCGACUCGUUCCCCGGCUCCCAGAAACUAUCCAACUAUUGGUUCACAUCGCGCCUUCACUCUUCCGAAUGCUACUAGAGAUUAUAAUUCGGUGAUUGUGAGCUCUCUUCGGCACAUCCCAAAACCGGGAUAUGGUCUGGCACCGCGAAGUCACACCUUCUCUUCAACAGGCGGUUCAGUUUCUGCUCUCCCUGGCGAUUACUCAUUCAGCGGGAUGGGCGACAAGACGCACAGCACUGAUUUCUCUUCUGGCAAGUCUGAUAUAUCAACAGGCAGCAUCACGGAUGUGGACCGGCGGGCACUGAAUGACGGUGGAAUCUUGCCAUCAUCAACCACCUACACAGGAGGAUUAGGAUCGGUAGUUGUGGGUCACAGUGGUCAUCAUGUGAGACGUUCUUUACCGGAUAUGGGUGCAGCACCUACCGAACCUCCAAAACUUUAUCCUUAUCACCUGCUCACGAUCACAAAUUAUCGAUUGCCCGCUGACGUUGAUCGCUGCAAUCUCGAGCGGCAUUUAUCUGACGUUGAAUUUCAACAUACACUACAAUGCUCUCGUGCUGAAUUCUACAGACUGCCACAAUGGCGUCGCAACGAAAUCAAAAGGCGUGCACGUUUAUUCUAACUGCUUUUUUCGCAGUUGUUCUCGUUUUUUUUUUUUUUUUUUAAUUACCAAAAGCGCCGUAUCACCGUAUCGGUACAGGGUAAACAUUCCUUCAAAAGCAAUUAUUAUUGUUUAUCACUUAAAACAUUAUAUUAUUCAUCGAUUCACACUUGGCACGAAAACUUUUUAUCACUGCAUUGUUGCUAAAAAAUUAAAGAUGAAGAAAAUAGCAAAACACAAAAAAAAGAAGGAAACCCCGUUCCGAAUAAUACUGCCGUUUAACAUUUAAAAAAAAAAUCGAGUCAAAAGUGUUGUCAAUUUUAAUAUUGUUUUACUCCCUUUUUAUAAAUAUUUAUAAAAAUUGAAUAAAAUUGCUGAUAAACUUCAGCAAAGUAUGUAGAAUUUUUCUAAUGAAACAUAUAGGAAAACUUUAUCCUUUUAUUAAGGAAAAAAAACGAAAAUUAGCUUUUUCAGAAUUUAUUUAAAUUUUCCUAAACAAGCACAAGUAUCAAAGUGAUGUUUAGAUUAAUGGAGACAAAAAUAUACAUUGAAAACUAUGUACAUUUAUAUUAGAAAUAAGUUUCUAAUUGCCUAAAAAAAAAUCCAUAUUAGUAUAUUAUUAUUAUUAUUAUUAAAAAAUAAAGGUAAAAAUUUGUUUUACCUUGAGAUUUUGGACAACGCAAAACCUUAAACUACGUCGAAGUUUUAUUAACUUUGUAAUAUUAUUGAUUUGUACUUUAAAAUAAUGAGAGCAGAGUGUAUUUUCUUCGUGGAAAGAAACGCUCAUUUAGAAACUAGAUCUCAUCAUCCAAUUGAGUUUUGAGUUUUUAAUUUUAUGCAAAACUACCACGUGACUCGUUUUACAACUCAAGCGCUGAUGAUGUUUUUUUUUUGACAAUGGCAGAAAAGGGGACGUGCUUGUUGCAAUAUAUUAUUGUAAAUAAGAACAAAAAUAUCAAAAAGAAAAUGAAAAAAGUAAAACCUAUAAAAAAAAUAUCUAUCAAUUAAAGAGCAAAAACUCAACACUUAAACUUGCUUAGUUCAGUCACGAAUAUAUUCAUACUCCAUGAGAUGUUUAUUACUUCGUUAAAUUACAGAUGAAAAAAAAGCAGAAAAAAUAAAAAAAAAAACUACUACGAUUUAAACAUUUUAAUAAACUAUUAUUGUAUUAUUAUAUUUUACUAUAAGCGAAAAUAGCAAGUACAAUUUAAGUAGCUAGGAGCCGUAUAGCUUUCUAAAAUGAGAAUAGUUUAUAUAUAUAUAUAUUAUACAUAAUUAUUAUAUCUGUAUGAAAUUUAUUAUAAUUGUACCAUCAUCAACGCGCGCAGUCAAAUUUUCACUUUUUAUCUCUGUUUUAAGAUGCGAAUUACAUGGAUUGUGCCCUUGUUUUUCUCUAUGAACACUGCGCGAUUUUUAAUUAGAAAAAAAAAGCAAUGACUUUAGAUGCAUGAAACAAAGAAAUUGUUUUUAAAAAUGAAAAUAGUGUGGAGAGAAGGAAGAGAAAAAAAAUAAAUAAAUGAUAGAGAAUAAAAUAAAACAAAUCGAUUGAUAACAAGAAAGAAAAAAAUGAUUUAUAUAAAAUAAAAAUCAAUUUUUUGCGUGACAACUUAAACGCAUGUUUAAUUUUGAUCGUACUUUUUUUUCUGCAAAACUUUCCAACGCUAUUCAUUGUUUUUUUUCCACCGUGCCUACGCGUAAAUGUCUUCGGGCAUUUAGAGAAUUUUUUUUUUUUAAUUUUGAAAUUCUUUUCUCAAAUUGUAAAACCUGAUGAGAAAUAGUGAAAUGAAAAAUAUUGAAUGUUUGAAAACUACUUCCGCUUUUCUGCUUAAACGGCUAAAGCAUGCAUUGUGUUUUGGGCUGAAUUUCUGUGGUAGAUGAUAAUAAUAAUCAAAGUAAUUAUAUUUACGUGUAACAUAUUGUUGACAAAAAAAACAAGCUUUGAAAAAUCUGAUCACAGGUGUACGAUACACGGUGCAACGUUUUAGCUUAUCCCAUUUAAAAAAAAAAAAAAUUUACCUGUGUAUUUUUCUGUUGUAUAAAAAGCACAUCGCUUCCGCUAGUCCCUAUAAAAUAAAUGCAAACUACUAAGUAGUCAAUUUAA